UCGCAGGUAGUGUGGUCCAUGAGUACUCGCGUCGACUCGAUCGACUCGGCCCAGUUCAGUACCCGGUUGACAGCCGGCGAGGCGGCGGCGGCGACGGAGCCCUAUUGUGAAUAACGCGCACGCCGCCUCUGCGCGAUUUCCUAUCUUGUAAAUAUUUUUUGUACACAAAUGCCUAAUGUGCUAAAUGUUAAAACUAUGCCAGCCUGGACUUUAUGAUACCUUUAUUAUUAAACGUGUUUUAUGAAACAUCUACCGUAAUAUCUUUGAUAUGAUCUUUACCAAUGAAUAAACAAUAAUGGACGUAAAUUUUAAUGCUUGAACUUACGUGUGUUUGCGGACAAUGACGUUAAUAUUUUGCCUAAAAUAAACAGUAGUGUCGUUUCUGAAACUAGUGUAAAAACUGAUGAUUACUUACAUAUUGCGGCUAAACAAGUGAAUACCGUUUGCUUACUAUGUUUUGAUAUCACCAUAAUUCUGGUGCGAUUAGUGUAUAAAAUUACAUGUCGAAUCUUGCAAUCAAGCAGUUGACAAUGGCGGAGCGAGAACGUCCCGCUAAAACCCCUAUUAGGGUGGGAUUUUACGAUAUCGAGAGGACCAUUGGCAAGGGAAAUUUUGCCGUCGUUAAACUAGCACGACAUCGAAUAACGAAGACUGAGGUAGCAAUUAAGAUAAUAGAUAAAUCACAAUUAGACGCCAGCAACCUUCAGAAGGUCUACCGAGAAGUGGAUAUCAUGAAGAGAUUGGAUCAUCCUCACAUAAUUAAGCUUUAUCAGGUCAUGGAGACGAAGAAUAUGAUAUACAUAGUUUCUGAAUACGCAAGUAAAGGAGAAAUUUUUGAUUACAUCGCGAGGUAUGGCCGCAUGGCAGAGCAGGCGGCCCGGAGGAAGUUCUGGCAGAUCCUGUCUGCCGUGGAGUACUGCCACGAGAGGCGAAUAGUCCACAGAGAUCUCAAGGCGGAGAACUUAUUACUGGACGCGAACAUGAAUAUCAAGAUCGCGGACUUCGGCUUCAGUAACUACUACGCGACUGGGGAACUCCUGGCCACGUGGUGCGGUUCUCCCCCCUACGCCGCACCCGAGGUCUUCGAAGGAAAGCGGUACACCGGUCCAGAAAUUGACAUAUGGAGUCUCGGGGUAGUACUAUACGUGUUGGUGUGCGGAGCACUACCCUUCGACGGCUCCACCCUCCAGUCAUUAAGGGAUCGGGUGCUAUCGGGAAGAUUCAGGAUACCUUACUUUAUGAGCGAAGAUUGCGAGUCUUUAAUCCGCAAGAUGUUGGUGCUGGAGCCGAUGAAGCGGUACACCAUAGAGCAGAUAAAGAAGCACCGCUGGAUGUCGUCGGAGCCGUACGCGGCGCCGGCGGUGGCGGUUGACCCGGCGCGCAGUCCAGCCCAUGCGCCCGCGCAACAUGACCCUAACGAACAGGUGCUGCGGCUCAUGCAGAGUCUGGGGAUCGAUCCUGUUAAGACUAAAGAGAGCCUUAGAUCCAACAGCUACGACCACCACGCGGCGAUUUACCUUCUCCUUCUGGAGCGACUCCGCGCAAGGGCUGCUGGUGGCGCCACUGUACCGUGCCCAGAGAGGACCAGGCCUACGAGACGGCCCUCGUCGGUCGCCGACCAGGCUUUGUCCAGGGAGGUCCAAGAUGGGAGAAGAGAACAUCACACGAGAUUACUGCACUCUGGUGACUCUCAAUCAAGGGAGUACAGUAGGGCAACCCCUACACUGUCAGCUGCCCCAGCCGACUCCUCGACUGCUGAAACGCAGCGGUUACUCUCCCUUGCGGGUGUCAACAUGACUGAACAGAGGCUGCUCCAGCGAAACUCCGACCCCUCGGACACGCACCGGAGCUUUCUAGUCUCUAACCUUGAUGCCGCAUCCAAGAACCAUGAAGCAGAAUCCACAAGGCUACUAUCCAUGAGAAAUAUCGACGUAUCACAAUCAACCCAAAGGUUAGGCUCUAAACUAAAUGAUAUCGUCCCUACGCAUAGACUGCUUUCCUCAACUUAUGAACAGCAGCAGAAUAUACUAAAACAAUCAAGCGAGGACUGCAGACGAUUACUUCAACAAUCAACAACUGUCGGACCUGAAACUAAUAAAAGUACCAACGAUGGUACCAGAUUAUUGACGUCCUCCAGUUUUGAUUCAAAAUGUGCCAUCGACGGCGGAAGAAAUUUGGCAAUCAACGAUCACAACGUGGUUGCAAAUUUUCUGCAAAAUUCUGCUUCAGCGACAAAUUUCAACGCGGAACCCGUUAAGAUGCCGAGCUCAACGACUUUCACGAUGUGUUCUGAAGCAGCAAAAUUAAUGAAUACCUUGCAACAGUCACCUUUACCAUUGAAAGGAACUGUUAACUUAAGCACUAGUCCAAUACCGUCACAAUUAACCGAUACCAAACUUAGUAGUGUUUUAGAACAACCAAAGCCAUUAGAGUCAACGAGGUUAGUUUCGCAAGCACAGCAACAAGAUUUAAGCCGUCUGCAAACGAGUACCCCUCCGUUCAAAGACUACAUGAAUCAUCAACUGCCAACCUACUCAUAUUUGCAAAACUUGCCGCCCAUUUCUAAUACGAACGAAACGAAUUUUUCUACAGCCACUGGUGACUUAUUUCCGAAUACGUUGUAUAGACAAGAUAGCAAAUUUUCGUUGAAUAGAUAUACAACAGGUCAGACUUUUACGCAAGGUCUCCACGGCAAUGCGCCAGAAGCCACAAAAUUUCAACAACAGUAUUCAUCUUCGACCGAUGAGGGUUGCGAGACAGACAUGGAGGACGUGGCGAGCGUGCCUAGCGGAGUCCAAAACAGAUUGAGCUCGUGCGCUAGUUCUAGUUCCAGUAGCGGAGUUAUCACUUUUUUUAACAAUAAAAGCCUCAGUCAAAACCUAAGCUGUGACUCUUCACAGAGCAAUUUUUCCACGUUUGAAAGUCUAGAUUAUCAGCUAUCGGAUUGCUCUAGUGAAUUAGCCAGUAGCCUGCCCAGUUGCACGUCAAAUGAUGAUAAACUAGCUUAUGAAAAUAGUUCAUUAGUUAAUACCAGCCCGAUGCAUCCUUGUGUUUAUAUAUCUUCAUAUAAUAGUAAAACUCCAGGAACUGGGUUCAUCACUCGACAUAAUCCACUUAACUAUCAAACACCUAAUAAAAACUGUCCCCGCGCCAUAAAUCGCAGUCCCGUAGACUUUAGAGAAGGACGUCGAGCCAGCGACGGGCUCGUGGCACAGCAAGCCGCACAGUCUAACGAAUCGCAAAAAAAUAGUUUGGCAUUCAAUAGUCAACGACUAAACGAAAAUUGUAAAGCAAAAGGAGUUUUAGAACUACAUUUGGUCCAGAAAGAAGCGCAAAAGUUAAAAACUCAGUAUCAAUCUACGAUUCCUGCCGAAGAAAUGACUCAGAGGCAACUGCAACAUAAUCAGUUUGCAGCCACAUUUAGCCCUCAUACAUAUUUAGAAACAAAGAAUCCUACCAAACGUAUAAGUCUUCCGGAAACUUUCAAUUAUUCGAGUACGUCUCCGCCUAUGCCAGCUAGUCCAAAAAUGGUGGCUCAGUUGCAAGAACCAACGGAUUUGCCGCACGGAGCUACAGUAUCGCAAGUCAGCAAGCCACCUUUGCAGCAGCAAUUGAUGCAACACAGACUGUUUCAACAGAAGCGACAACUGCUUCAAAAGCAGAUGACUCCUCCCAAUAUGCCGGCUCACGAGAUGAGUCCUCUUCAUAGCCUCGCGGUUUCCGGACUCAGCAGGAGACAAAUGCUACGCCAACAGAGUUACAAAAUAGCUCAACAGCAGCAAAUCUUGCCUCCCCUGCCUCUGACCGAAACCGAGAACAGAGAUCUUCUCGCGUUCCAAGCUAUAGUAGAAGGGCCGCAUCGUUCUCCGAAGCCGAAGGAGGAGGGUCAAGAGGACGUCUCAAAGUUUGCAUAUCAAGGGUCGAUGGAGAUAAGCAUAAUGAACAAAGACAGGUUGGGCAACGAGAACUGGUCGAACUUGCCGUCGAGCCUGCAGAGCGCGUGUCAGAUCUCGGAGCUGGGGCGCGAGGCGGGCGCGGGGCGCGAGACGGCCGCGGCGGACGGCGCGUGGCCCGCGCACUGGAGCGCCGGCCUGUUCCAGCCGCAGCCCUGCUUCCAGCAAAAUUGGCAGGGCCACAGCCUGCCGCCGACAGCGGCCAUGCUCCCGCUCAGCGAGAGUCCUAUUCUGGAGCUGACUGAACAAAUGGAAUCUAUUUAGCUAACGCAACACCAAACAUAGAUCAACAUUUGUUUUCACCUUAUCAGUUGGGAGUAGUAAAAAAUUAUAUUUAACACAAUGUAUGUUAAAGAUUUGCUAGAAUAUGACCCGAAAGGCAACAAUGUCUUUUGAAUGUCGGUGAAUCGGACACAAUCUAAAUUCAAAUGGACAUUUUUGAUGACACCCAUUCGCGCUGUUUGUUGCCCUUGCGUUUUUGUUUGAAUUUAAUUUAUAAGUGAUUUAAAAAAACGCUUCAAUGUCAAUAGCAAUAAAUAAGAGUGGGUUGCACCAGUCGACUUUGACGUUAACAUAAACCAGCGCGCUGCCGCCGAGUAGAUAAAAUGGCGUAGGUACUUUCCAUUGUUCUACGCUGGUUAAAGUUAACGUCAAAGUUGACUGAUACCCUUUGAGUUUUAAUGUUACUGUUUUUGAGGUUCUACCAUACGUACUUAUAAGCAUUGAACAAUGAGAGUAAUGACUAAUUUUUGCAUUAAACAUUAUUUUACUUACAUAUUAAGACUAUUCGCGCAUUCCAUUUUUUACCAAUUCAUAUAAUCUUGAACAAUAAGAGUAGACUUUUAGAACAAUUGUAAUCUAAAAUAGGUGCACUACUGUAAGUCAAUAUAUAAAAUUAGAAACGCAUUAAAUAAGGUAGUGAUAAAUGAUGUGACAAUAUCAACGUAGACUAAGAUGAGUGUGUUAUGUACGUUGGGUUUUUUUAUUGCAUUUAUGUCAGUCCGUUUUGCCCACUGGAAAAAAAUCUUACGAAGGUGGAUGAUUGCAUAUUGAUAUGCAUGGUGGUCAUACAUGGAUAUUUUUUUUUACCAAAUAUCUUAUUAAAUAUGAAUGAAAUUUUAAUCAUGCCUAAGUAAUAUCACUUUUUUAAAUUGCAGAUGGAUGAUAUACUUACUGUUUUAUUUACCACAACUAUGUUCACAUCAUCCGCUUUUUAAUGUUUAGAAGUAACAAUACUGCGUGUCGAUUUUGCCUAGUUUAACUCAAUUUUAAGUCUCGAUAGUCGACGGAGCAUGUAAAUUAAAACUAUCGAGCCGAUGUUACAGAAUCUACGUCCUAAACUUCUACAAUUAUGUCGAAUAAUGUGUUGCGCUAGUCACCUUAACUUUGCACGCCGUCGUCGUUUAGACAAAAUAGCGUGCUUUCAAGUUAACUGGCGCAACUCACACUUUUAUCAAUCAAUCAAUCAAUUUGUUGAAUGGCAAUCGCGCGUAGAACUUGAGUUCCCUGUAAAUAAACUACCUCCUAAUUAUUGUUGAAUACAAGACUGAAUUCAGUGUCAAUUCAGAGUAACGUGAACUUACUAGUAACCUUUGGAUGUACUAAAUGGCUGUAUAUACUUUCUUGAUUAAUAAAAAAUCUCAUAAUAGUUAAUAGUUAGUAGGUAAGAGUAGGAACUCAAAAAUAUUAGUUGAAUAAGUUCUAUAAAAACGAUUGUAGAUUAUAGUGUCACAUUUAAAUUCAAUGUUCGGAAUGGAGUUUUAGAUGUUUAAAAUUUUUUAACUGAAUUUUAUUAUUUAUAGAUGUUUGGUAGCCUAUAUUACACAAUCGAGGCAAUUUUUAUUAUCGGAUAUAAUUUUUUCUUUUGAAAGCAUACAGAAUUUUGGGAUUUCAUAGCAAACAUUGCACAUAUUAUAUAUAUUUGUUUGUAUAUAGUAUGUAUACAAACAUAUAGAAAUAUAUGCAAUAUAGUAAUCGAUACUAUAUUAUAUCUGUAAAGUAUAUGCAGCCAGAUGGUAACAAAUGGAAAAAAUGAUGAGUUUAUUGAUUAUUCGGAUAAUCCAGCGCUCGUUGUUAUAAGUACAAUGGUUAUUUUAACUAAAUCGAAUAAACAAUUAGACAUAUCAGAAUAUGGAUACAAUAAGUGGUGUCCAUGAUUCGUUAUAGGCGUAGAAUGAAAUGCUAUUAAUAAUUUAUUGAUUUAUUUUAAGUUCUUUUUUAUAGUUUCUUAUGGAUUACCUGUUAUGGAUACCUGAAGAACGUUCUUGUUUAAUGUAAAAAAUAAUGGUUUAAAUUUAAACCAAUCAUAAACUCAAUAAUUUGCAUACUUUCUGUGCUUUGAUAAAUUAUGGCGCCGUUGCGUCGUAGCAUACGCUCUAUACUACAUGUAGCACUUGCUACGACAACCGACUCUCCGCUACGAGUGCUACGUCGUAGAUGUGCUGUGACAAAGUAAAUGUUCUACACCAUUUGCAAUGAUAUUACGAGAAAUAACAUGGAAAAUAUUCACUUAGAUAUCGAUUUUUUUUACAUUUAAAUAUCAACAAUGUUUGUGUGCUCUGUAAAAUAUUUACAUCAAUGAUGCAGUCAACUUCUGUGAAGUUUGUCUAACAAUGCAUUCUAAAAAAUACUCACAAAGUUUUACAUUGUUUUUUGUGUGAAUUGCAAAACGAUACGAGCUUUUCCUACACCGGAUUUAUCCUGAUACUUUCACUCUGAGAAUUUUUGGUAUUUCGAUCUCGGUAAGUAGUAUGUAUUGUACGUAGUGGUACUCGUUAACGCGCUGGUCACUAAAAAGCUUUACUGAACAAUAACAUACGUAAGGUUAUAAUAAUAUAAUAAUAGAAACCAUUAAUACAACGUAACUAUAGAAAUGUAGCAUAGGAGUUUUGAGGCUUUUACACUUUUAGUAAUAUUGUCAAUAUCAUUGUAUUAUACCGACAUGUUUUAGCAUCAUUAAACGCAAUUUAAUCUAACAAUGACCUUUAGAUAACGUAGCCAUUUUAUAUAAAACUACAAAAUAAUUACGUAGACCAGCAAUAUUGACGUAUUCACUGUUACACUGCUUUCGAUCGGCUAUACUAUCGAUUUAAGUAGGAUUUUAAUGAUUUUUUUACGUUAUAAAAAAGUUGUUUUGGUUGUGAAGACGGCUGAUUGUUAAAUCAAUGUAUAGAGCAGUCAAUACAAAACUAUG